AUGAAGGGCAUGGGAACAUAUAUCAUUGGGAGCAAUCGAGGGAUCCUCAACCCAGAACGCGAUGAGUCCGGAAAUUUGGAGAAGGUCGGAUCCUCAGUGAGCUCGACAUCGAAAAAGAAUAGAUUCCGCCGACAUUGUAGGCGAUUCUGGUGCAUCUACCUUAUCGCCAAUGUGAUAUUCUUGGCUAUUUUCUUGCCUGUUUUUUUUCUGGUCGCAAUUCCUGCCAUCGCCCAACUGGUUGUUAACAAAUCAGAUUUACGAAUCGUCAACGCAGAAGUGAUGCACCCGACACCAGACACAGUACGAAUGACUCUAGAAGCAAAGGUAAACUUGAAGCUUGCACUGGGUGUUCGACUCGAUCCAGUCGUCUUUUAUACCUUUGUGCGCUCCUCCGGUCAUGAGAACGCAUAUGCCGGAAUUAAGAUACCUGGACAGACUAUCAAGGGGAACUAUUCGCUUGGAGUCACCGACCAAUUGACGCCAAUCAUGAAUCUUACCUCUUGGGAAACCUUUGUGAGACAAGCUGUCUUCCAAAAAGAAACAGCGUUGUCGCUAUAUGGAGUGACUACUGGAUACCUCGGAGUCUUGAAAAAUCACAUUGUAUUGGAUAAAGAUGUGGUGAUGCCCACUUUAAAUAAGUUUAAAGACUUCUCCAUUGCAAAUACCACCUUUCUUCUACCGGUAGAGGACGACGGAUCCAACCUCGUUGCCAAUAUUACACUACCGAACCCAACCGCCCUCAGCUUCGAAGUUGGCACCAUCACACUUGAUCUUAAGAGCGGCAAUACAGACCUAGUCAUUGGCAGUGCGACGGUCAAAGACGUCACACUUAGACCAGGCAACAACACAUUCCCUCUGAGAGGUGUACUCGACAUCAGGACGAUGAUCACCAACCUCACCGAAGUCAUUAGCUCACAGGGAUCCACCCUCAAUAAAGGCAUGAUCAGCUUGACAGCUGUGACCAAGACAAUUAUAUCCAACGGCACUCUGAUCCCGUACUAUACAAGAGUCCUCGGAUCACUCCCCCUGGUAGCAAACGUGAGCAUCGGCGACGUCCUCAGAAAUUCACUCGCUCACCUGGGCUCGAGUGGAAUAUUGUCAGACCCUGAUGAGAAACGCAGGAGAGACCCUGUGCAGUUGGACGGCCCAGUUGGAUACGGUGAUGCAUAUAGCCAGGUCGCAACUCUGAAACACAACAGGCACGUUCAAAAUAUCUUCAAGGAUGAAGAUCCCGAGCGACGAGACGCAAUGAUAAAUUCCCUAGCUAGCUAUUAUGCUUUGCUAUAA